GGUGGAGCAAAAGGUGCAAAAGGAGAUGCAAGCGCAAGCCCAAGCGCACGACCUUCAAGCCAUGCAUCUCGGGCGCUUCUGCGAUAGCUGCUUGGGCUGUAUCUGCGGUACUCGCUACAGCUGCGACACGUGUCCAGACUUUGACCUCUGCGAAGCAUGCUACACCGGCAUCAGGCAUCCACACGACUUUAUCUCGUACCGUCCCGCAUCGGACGUACAAGCGGAUGAGCUCUGUCACAUUGAAUGGAAGCUCUCGCUCACAGAGCACGAAGCGUACUGCGACUGCUGCGGCGAAGACAUCUUGGGCAUCAGGCUGCAAUGCGUGGAUUGCAAGCGAGCGGACAGAAUCUUUGACCUCUGCGACCAGUGCUUCUCGGAGCCGCCUCUCGACUUCUCUCAUCCCGAAGAUCACGCAUUCGCCACUGUACGCUUUGCAUCCUAAGCACCGCCUCG